AUGCCCCCAGGCCAACAAGCCCAACUCUGCUGCUCUCAAUCCUAUGUACGCCUCCGAGGUCCCCCCGAUAGACGGCCUCCGACGAUCUCACGUGGCAUAGGCGUUGCGUGUUUCAUGCCAUCGGCUGAUCAACCACCCAUCUCAACCGGCCAAAGAGCAAAGGAACGUACCGCCCAAGGACGAUACCUUUUCAACCAGUUGAUUCACUACUUCCAUCCCCGGACAUUGCCCGAUACUGAUCAUGUGUUCGAUGAUGCUUUAACGGCAUUUAUCAUGACAAGUAUUGCCCCGAGUGAGAGGUCGGUGGAGUCAAGCCUACAUUACUGGCUAAUUUUCCUUAAAUUCAUCGUUCAGAAACUGCACUUACACAGGGAAGUGCCUGAUCUUAGCGAAGACGACAAGCAGGAGAGAAGAAGGUUGUGGUGGGCAAGCUAUAUCAUUGACCGGCACACGGCCUUGUCAUUCAAUGCACGCCCGCGCAUCACAGACCAUGAAUGCCUCCUUCUUCCGACCCCACGCCCAGAUGCAGAAUGGAACCAGCCCGGUCCACUACUUCCUUGGCCUGACUGGCGAAGUCAAGAUGCCAUGAUAUUAAGCUAUCAAGUGCAAAGCUUGGAUAUGCUUGGUCUCUUCCUCCCAUUGUCAAGGAUAUUGGGGGAAAUAGUGGAAUAUCGCUUCCUCAGCGAUCAUUCCACUUUCAACACGGGACAGGGCUUCCUGAAUGCGAUCCAAAAGAAUAUAGUAGAAAAUCUCGACGUCUGGUCUCGUUCAUUCAUCGCCUUAGUGGGUCCGGACUUCUGCAGAAUCGCGGAGCCAGGAUAUGAGUUCUCUCCAGCCCUAGAGAUCCCGACGGUGGCUUACUAUGGCUUUCACAUGUAUCAUUGCAUGUUCGUACUGCUACAUGGUCCAAUGGAUGUGGUGCGGAUGUAUCAGGAUCAUGCAUGGCAGGCAUCCUCGGAAUUUCUCGCGGCUGGGGAACAUGCUGUAGCCUGUGCUAAUAUCGCACGGUACAUUUUACGGAUUGAUCCACGGCUGUGUCUGAUGUACAGGUUUUUCGGAACGUACUUUCUACAAUCCUCGUUCAUCUUCCUCAUAUUGGCACAGAAAUUGGGUCGACAGUCCGACGAUCUAAUUUUACGAAAUUGCACGAUCAACCUUCAAGUCCUCGACAUGUUUGUAGCAGCCACGAACAUGGACUACCAGCGCACUUUUGCCAAGCUCCUGCGCCGAGCUUUGUCGUGUAACAUGGAGGAUUCCGCGGGAAGUGCUCCCGGCGAUGGCCAACCCGUGGCUGAAUACGUGGGCGUACCGCAAUCAUCACUGGACCCGGAAAUGCUCCGUUACCGCUGGGUCCCCGGUUAUACGGGCCUGUGGAUAGGCCCGGAAGACCGAGGAUGGGUUGGACACAACAACAGCUAG